UUUUGACGUACCUACCUCCCAAGAAAUUGACAAAAUUUUCGAGUGCACUUCAAAAAAACUACAAAAACAUACAAUCUAGCUUCAUGUAACAUGUUCUCAUUGAAUUCUAUAAACACCCAAAAUCAGAUAUUAAUCAGUUUUAGUCAGUUAUCGUGUCGAUACGGCAACCUUUUCAAGCACAGAAAGCAAAAUAGCUUAAAAGACAAACAUGUGAAGGGGAAAGAAAGCGCCAGUGCUGCAUGCGAGACUCAAGUUUGCCGCGAAAGCUUAGAAGAGUGUUUGAAGAAUUUCGAUAAGAAUGUACUAGCGGAGAUGCGAAGUGUCGACCUCCGAUCGUUGGCCACGAUCGCCGCGUCGUCUAGAAGGUCGCUCAACGAUUUUGGCGGUGUUACAUCUUGUAGAAAAGUGUCUUACACUUCAAGUGAAUCUUUUGAGAAAAACAGGAAUGGUUGGAGUGAUACUCCUAGUGUUACAGUGGAGUUACGAGGGAAAAACACACGAUUUAACCUCUCCGAUAACUUUAUCCGCCUAUUAUGUCAAAACACAAACAGUACAUUCAAGUACAACAUUCAAGUAAGAGGAUUUAAGACGGAUCGAAGCAUCAGUGCAGAUCUGAAAAGAAAUCCGAACCUGGUUAAUAGACUACGUAAGUUAUUGGGGUUGGCUGCAACGAGUUCAACAGAGAAGCACCCCCCGCUCAACCCUGAAGUUGCACCUCGACUGGACAAAUUACUUAACGAUGACGCGAACCAUCUCACUCACCAGCAGAAGGACAAGAUCAAGAUUGCAUUCGCUGAAGGCUAUUUAGCGGGGUCCCAUCCCGAGAACGUACGCGGUACGAAAGCUUCCAAGUACCUGAAGCUGGUCCAGCAGCUCCUCACCAUAGUUCUCUUUCUUGCAAUCUUUGUGAGUUUGAUGGCGUCGGUCAGCGGAACUGUCUUCCGGAUCCAGCUCGGGAACCAGGUGGAGGUGGACCCCGAAGAUAUCUCCGUUACCUUCGACGAUGUCAAGGGCGCUGACGAAGCCAAACAAGAACUGCAGGAAGUGGUGGAAUUCCUAAAGUCCCCCGAGAAGUUUUCAACACUGGGUGGUAAACUACCCAAGGGCGUGCUGCUCGUGGGCCCCCCCGGCACCGGCAAGACGCUACUGGCGCGGGCGGUGGCCGGCGAGGCUCGGGUGCCGUUCUUCCAUGCGGCAGGACCGGAGUUCGACGAGAUCCUGGUGGGACAGGGGGCUCGCAGAGUCCGGGACUUGUUCAAGGCGGCCAAGGAGCGAGCGCCCUGCGUCAUCUUCAUAGACGAGAUAGACUCGGUGGGAGCCAAGCGCACCAACAGCGUGCUGCACCCCUACGCCAACCAGACGAUAAAUCAGCUUCUAUCAGAGAUGGACGGUUUCCAUCAGAACGAGGGUGUGAUCGUUCUGGGCGCCACCAACAGGAGGGAUGACUUAGACCAGGCCUUGCUCAGGCCGGGACGAUUUGAUGUUGAGGUGACGGUGCCGCUGCCGGACUACGUGGGGCGCGUGGAGCUGGCGCGGCUGUACGUGUCGCGCGUGCGGGCGCACCCCGACGUGCAGCCCGAGGAGCUGGCGCGCGCCACCACCGGCUUCACCGGCGCCGACCUCGAGAACAUGGUCAACCAGGCCGCGCUCAGGGCAGCUAUAGAGGGCGCCAAGACGGUCACCAUGAAGCACCUGGAGGACGCCCGGGACAAGGUGCUGAUGGGUCCCGAGCGCCGGGGGCGGCUCCCGGACGAGGAGGCCAACACCAUCACCGCCUACCACGAGGGGGGCCAUGCUGUUGUCGCUUAUUUUACUAAGGACGCGCACCCGCUGCACAAGGUGACCAUCAUCCCGCGCGGCCCGUCGCUGGGCCACACCGCCUACAUACCCGCCAAGGAGAGGUACCACGAGACGAAGCAGCAGCUCUUAGCGAUGAUGGACACCAUGAUGGGGGGGCGGGCGGCUGAAGAACUCAUCUUUGGACCGGAGAAGAUCACCUCAGGGGCGGCGUCGGACCUGAAGCAGGCGACGUCGCUGGCGCGGCACAUGGUGCGGGAGUGGGGCAUGUCGGAGCGCGUGGGCCCGCGGGCGCUGGACCCGCCGGCGGCCCCCGCGCAGCCGGCGCCCGGGCCCGCGCUGGCCGACCUGGCCGACAGCGAGGUGCGCAAGCUGCUCAGCGACAGUCUGGACCGCGCCAAGCACAUCCUGCGGGCGCACGCGCGCGAGCACCGCGCCCUCGCCGCCGCGCUGCUGCGCUACGAGACCCUCGACGCGGACGACAUCCGGGCCCUCAUGAACGGAGAGAAGACCAAAAUGGAACGGGGCUCGAAGAACAAGGACCCGUCUCCUUCCCCUUCCCCCAACCCCCCGCCUCCCCUGUUGACCCCGCAGCCCGCUCCCGCCUAGACCUGUCCCCGAUCGUAAUCGUUCGUAAUAAUAAAGCUCU